CGACGCAGGUUGCGGUUUAAACCCAUAACAGUUCGUUUAUCUCCAUAGGAACCAGAGGGGAAUCGGGGAACGAAUGCGUUGCUGGUUGCCAACCGGGCCCUCUCGUUGAGGCUACAGUUUGCUCCUACAAAUCUGUUCUAGGUGCUGUAGCUCUGUGUCUGCCUUCCUAUCGGAUGUACUGUGUAAUUAUCAACCCCACGCAGCUCCUUCACUCAGCGGCUGCUCGUUCACGGAAACUGCAGUCGUACGUCGUCCGGGGCGUCUUUUUGUAGUUUGAAGGGCAUGUCAGCAGGCUGCAGUUUCAGCCUAUGUAUGUCCUCGAUUAGACACGCGGCUUUGGGAGAUGUAGCCUGUCUGGUGAUAAACCUGUGGUCAGCAUCGCUCUAAGCCCACCUACCUGCCUGCGCCUCCUCUCCGCCAAUCCACCGACUGAGGAAGGAAAGAAGGAAGAAAAGGAGGGGAGAGAAGAGAUGCCGAUGGUGAUUCUGAGGUGGCAGCAUAGGAAAGUUCACUGUGUUUCUCUGUAACAGGGAGUGAGUCUUAUACAUUUUCCACCCAGACCUCGGACUGAACGACCCGUACCUGCACACAGGGUGUACCCAGCAGAACUGCCACGGACCUUCUCACAGAAGAACCCAAACAGAAAUGGACCAAGACAACUUGAGCCAAAGCCAGAGACAGGAAGAGGGGUCAAGAAGCAGAGCAGAGGCUUCAGCUCCAGCUCAAGCUUCAGCCUCAGAUGGAGUCAACGAUCCCACCGCCAGUCAGCCUCCGGUUCCCUCCAGGCCUCCGCGGCCCCAGAGAAGUCCCAGGAUUGAGGGAUCUGUAGAUAUUCCAGAACCCACAGUGGAAAACGUAACUGAGCCCAAAACUGAACCCGAAACCGAACCCGAAACCGAACCCGCUCCACAAACUAACGAGAAUGAGACCACUCCUGACAGCAGUCUGGAAAGCCAGCCCAGUUCCUCUAUCCAGACCGAAGAGCACAGCGAGCCGAGUGUCAAGGCGGGUCCUAAAGGUCCGGUCAGAGCUGCAUCCGUGCCCCAACCAUCUACUAGCAGAUCUGUAUCCUCUCACCUGAACCCGCAUGCGCAGAGAGCCCUGUCCUUGGCGGGCACCGCUGACUCUCUGCCUCAGGUUCAGGAGGAGUUCAGGGUGCACAUCAUCACCUGGAAUGUGGGCUCCGCCACGCCACCUGAUGACAUCACCACUCUGCUUGGACUGGACGUGGGAGACGGAAACACAGACAUGUACAUCAUCGGGCUGCAGGAGGUGAACUCCAUGAUUAACAAAAGGCUGAAAGAUGUCCUCUUCACAGACCAGUGGAGCGAGGUCUGCAUGGAGAGACUGAGCCCCUUUGGUUAUGUGCUGGUAACAUCCCAGCGAAUGCAGGGCCUGAUACUGCUGGUCUUUGCAAAAUACUACCAUCUGCCUUUCCUCCGUGGAGUCCAGACAGAGACCACCCGCACAGGAAUGGGGGGUUAUUGGGGGAAUAAAGGCGGCAUUAGCGCCCGAAUGACCGUGUUUGGCCACAGCAUCUGCUUCCUCAAUUGCCACCUGCCUGCUCACAUGGAAAACCAGGAAGAGCGUAUGGAGGACUUCGAGAGCAUCUUGCAGCAGCAGCAGUUUGAUAGCCAGGCAACCACUGGUGUUCUGGAUCAUGAUCUUGUGUUCUGGUUUGGGGAUCUUAAUUUCCGCAUUGAAAGUCUGGAUAUCCAAGUUGUGAAAUCAGCGAUCGAGAACAACAGAUACACCAUCUUGUGGGAGAAGGAUCAGCUAAACAUGACCAAAGACAGUGAGCCAGUGUUGGAGGGAUUCCAGGAGGGGCCGCUGAGAUUUCCUCCCACCUACAAGUUUGACGUUGGAACGAACACAUACGAUACAAGUGGGAAGAAGCGCACACCAGCUUGGACUGACCGCAUCUUGUGGCGCCUGAGGGCCACGGCUCCAGCUGCUCAGAAAGUGGGGAGGUGUGGUUCAGUGUCAGGGUUGACCAGCGGGAUCAGAGUGACGCAGCACUGCUACCGAAGCCACAUGGAGUACUUAGUCAGCGACCACAAGCCGGUGUCGUCCAUCUUUACCCUGGAGUUUCCAUUCAGGGUGGAUAUUCCUCUGGUCACUCUCACUGUGGAAGAUGAGUGGAAGAGUGCAGAAGAUGCAAAGGUGAUAUUCAAACUGAUGCCCAACUACCAUCGAAGUGGUUGGGACUGGAUUGGACUGUACAAGGUGGGUUUCAAGCACCAUAAAGAUUACGUGGGAUACAUGUGGGCUAAGCAUGAGGAGGAAAGUUAUUACACCCAGGAACAUCAGAUAAACUUUCCAGAUGAGGAAUUACCCAAAUUCUCAGGGGAUUUUAUCUUGGGUUACUAUAGCAACAGCAUGAACACCAUUGUGGGUGUAACAGAGCCAUUUCAGAUCCUGCUGCCCACUGUGGACGAUUCAGGCAGCUCUUCAGACAGCUCUGACUACAGCUCAGAAAAUGACAGCACUGUUGUUGUGAAGUUGUUGUCCCGGAGUCCAAGUAUGCAGCGCAGCAGCUUCAGCGACGGCCAGAAUCUCGACCGCAAGCAAAGCACAAGCCAGAGUUUCGACCGCAAGCAAAGCACAAGCCAGAGUCUCGACCGCAAGCAAAGCACAAGCCAGAGUCUCGACCGCAAGCAAAGCUCAAGCCAGAGCCUCGACCGCAAGCAAAGCACAAGCCAGAGUCUCAACCGCAAGCAAAGCACAAGCCAGAGUCUCGACCGCAAGGAAAGCCGCAGCCGCAGCCAUAGUGGCAGUCGUUCCGGGAAUGUCGCUGGCAGCCGCCCUGACAGCCCCUCUGGCAGACGCCCCAGCACCCACCCCAGCACCUGCCCUCGCAGCCCUACAGAGCCCAGUCUCACUGAUGGCACCGCUGCACAGAGCGAGCAAACGGGACAGCCAGCAGAGGGCAGCCACAGUCAUCCUUCUGGUCACGGGGCAACAGACAAAAACAAGGAGUGUUCAGGAAUGUGAUGCAACAAAAAGCCUGGCUGUUUUUACAGGUUAUAUAACCAACUGUUGUGUCUUUAUUUCAUACAGUCAAAACUCUGUAUGUUUUCUGUGAGGAAAAUAUACAGUUUAUAAUGCCAUCCUUUUCAGAAAUAGUCAUCUGGUUGGUUAAAAUGUUUCUACUUGCCGUUGAGUUGUGCGCUUGGCAUUUUUUUUUUUUUAUAUAUAUCUUUUACUCUGUCUGGUGUUUUCUCUACCUUUGUCCGUUCUCAGGUGUGGACAGUACAGGGAGCUGAUAACUCGCAUUUAGAUUUUCUCACAGAUUCACAGUUAUAAAGUGACACACACUCCAUCAUCACCUUUCACAACAAUAGUUGAUCUGCUGAGUCGUUGAGUCACAAUAGUUCAAAUCAGCAACAGAAAUGGAUAAAAAGUAAUUUAAUUAUUAUGUAAUAAUUUGACCUUAAGUCCUGAAGCAAAUCUAGCUUGUUAGCAGUGCGUUAUAAAAGUAUUUGUAUUUCCUGAACUUUUACACAUUUUAUCACAUUACAACAGCAAACUGCCAUUUAUUCAAGGCAGUUUGCUAUGUUAUUUAUUUGAUAUGUUAUUUUUUUACAAAUACUGUUUUCUAUUACCAUUCCUCAAUGCUUUAUUUUUCACAAACCACUUUUCCAUGUAAUUACACCUGCAACAGUAGUAGUGGAAAAAUUUAGUUUAGAGUUUCUGUUGAUAGCUGGGGAUAUUGUCCAAAUAUGAAUCGUAUAUCACACCUAGUUAUGAAAUGAUUUCUGAGUCGGGUUUAAGCUUGUAAUUCCUGCUUCUGGCUGGUUUCAUAAACUAUACGUCGUCGCUGCAUCACUCCAUUGACCUGCGAACCUGGCUUGUCCCUAUGCAAGUCAGUUAAUACAAGUCUGUGACUGCCUCACUUGCCUCAUCACAUCUGUCUUUUAACAAAACUUGGAGGCUUAGGCGACGCCUUAAUCUUAAUUCAGCGUGGAUUGAAAUGCUGGAAGGUGAGCCUGGCCCCAGUCUCACGUUUUUUUCGAGAACAAAAAACUUGAACUUUUGGGUUGAUUUGACCAGAGCACCAUCUUUCACAUGUUUUAUGUGUCCCAGACAUUAAUUUUGGCAAACUACUUAUGUCUUUAGGCUUCUUUAAAUGAUGUCUUCAUUUAUUUUCUUACUGCUUUUUGACUUGGUCCAGAUCUGUGGAGUCCACUUCUAAUAGUUUUUCUGUCAACAGAUUUGCCCAUCUGAACGGUGGAUCUCUGCAGCUCGUCCACAGUUACCAUAGGCCUCUCGACUGCUUCUCUGAUUAAUGUCCUCCAUAUCAGAUCUGUUACUCGGUGGAUGGCUUCAACUUGGUUGAAGUACAGUUUUGCUAUUCUUUGUUGAACAUGUUUUAAACAGUACUUUUUGAAAUGACCAAAACGUCACCAUAACCUUAACUCUGACCUGUCUAUGAUGUUCAGGUCUUCAUGAUGUUCCAUCAACUUUCUCUAGUGAACCUCUGAGGCUAUAAUUUCCCUCCCAGCUUGUCUUUGUGUAUCAUGAAAGGUCCCAAUAAAAUACCUUAAAUUUGCGUUUAAAACUAAAUGUGAAAUAGUUAAAGGGAUAUUAACACUGUAAUCUCAUUGCCAGCGUACAUCACCCACAGUACUAGUGUCUGAAAGCUGCUAAAGCUGCAUGACUUGGCUUGCUAAAAUGGAAAAAUGUUCAACACAGACGGUUGAGAUGGUUUCUCUGAGUCCUGAGCUGUAUUGCUUUCUGCAGCAAGAACAGCACAUCACAUCCCUGUGGACUCUGUGCAAUACUCUGAAGAUUCACAGAGUCUUAACAGUUUUCUACAAUCCUCAACACGCAUUAAAGCACUUUUGAAACUCGUUACCCCUUUGAUUAAAACUCAACUCUGUCCGGCCUCAGCACAAAUGUGUCUCAACUCUGUGUUUGCAUUCUCUGAGCACGUUGUCACACUUUUGAAAUCACAAUUCACUUAGUUAUCCAACAUGUUAAAAGGUCAGCGUGUCAUACUAUUAACUGGGGCCACUUAUAUUUGCAUGUAAAGACAUACACAAUUUCUAUCACACUUGCCUUGUGGUCCAUACUUUGACCCAUCAGUCAUAAAAUAUGCAGGGAGCACUUCAAAUUAUUUUUUUCAGAAGAGAUGCAUUCUUCUGAAUGGAUGCAUUAAAAUCAGAGAAAGCGGAUUGGAGGCAGUGAUUCAGGAAGCUCUCAGUCGCACAACACAUUCUAGUCUAAAGAGUAAGAGCGCGAGUGCCCUUAAAUUGAUGGCUGUACAGUCAAUAGCAGGAUGCUGCGGGUGUGGACGGAGGUGUUGGGUGUCACAGCGCAGCUGUCCCACCAGAACUGAUUGAGUAACCACUGACCAGGCCUGAACUACAGAGGUGAUAACUGCAGCAAUACCUGAGCUGAUCCAGUGCAACGCAUUUAUGCACACACACACACACACACACUCCUGAACUUCAUAGGAUUUAUUUUAAAAGCUUUUUAAGAGAACAAAAUUUCAUUGUUUUAAUUGGAUUUUAAGACUAUGUUAAAAUAAGAAAUAUUUAAAUCAUGUUUUUGCUCAAACUCUGAAGUUCAAUCUGGAAUAAUUUUAUGAAAGUGGGCAGGAAAUUUGCUGGAUUGACCUGCUGGAGAGAUUCUUAUGUACCUUUAAGUCCCAUCAAGCAAAGAUGCUUAACUGUAGAUUUACAUGACAGUGGGAAUACAGUAGAGUAAAUAAACUUUCCUUACUGAAUGUUUUAAUUUUAGAAAAUAUGAAAACAUUUUUUAUAUAUAUAUAGAGUUAAAGCUUUUUUCUUUCUUGCUCAGAUCUUUCCCUCUUUGAUCGUAUUAAUAAGAUGAUGACAACCGUAGUCUCAGUCGUGGUGUUUUAUAGUUUCUGUGUGAUCUCUGAUGCACCGUUUUAGACGUGUAACUUUGGUGCUGUUAGAGUAGGUCUGUGCUGUGGCCGUAAUUUGUGUGUGUAUGUCUGUAGUUAGUUGUUUGUGUAUGUGUUUUUCUGAAAGUGUGCGAGUGUGUGCGUUGGAUGACAGAUGUGUGGGCGUGUGUGUGUGUGUGUGUAUGAGUUACAGGGGCCGUGAAUGGGACUGGGGCUAUACUUGCAUGGUUUGCCUUUUGGACAUACCGUACAUUCCGGUACUGUUGUUUUUGUGCCGUAAAGUGCUGUUUUUGACUCUUCUUUGUCAUAUCUGUGACUGUGAAAAUUCUUAGAAAAACGUGGUAAAGACAGUAUGAAUUUUUGACAUCGAUAUUAAAUGUUAGUGCAAAAAAAAAUAUGGGUAGUUGAACUCAGAUAAAUUUGAGAUUAAAUUAAUCUUUCCAUGUAUUUUCCUGAUUUUUGAAAGGGAUUAAAAGAGCAACCUACUGGACGUUUCUUUGACAUGAAAAUCAAUUGUCCAGGUUUAGAUAAUUUAGAUGCAUUCAGUAUUGCAUUCAUGAAUGGUGACUAUUGUGAAAUCUUUGCUGAAUGUUCCUGUUUUGUAAUUGUGUAGGUUAAAGAUAGAAAAUAUGAGGUAUGUUGAGAAAUAUCAUACAUAUAUAUAAAUAUAUAUAUAUAUAUACACAUAAGAGACAAUCUAUACCAUAAAGAUUAUUUUACUUAAAUUAUGUAUUUAUUUUCUUAUUUAACUUAAAUUCUGCUGGCCAGUUACAGAGCUUUAUUUCAGGGCAAGUGUCCAAAUUAUAUCAGAGAUAAUUUAUUUUAUUUUUACUAUAGAGAUGAUUUCUUUCCAUUUUAGAAAAUUAAAACUUUUCUGUCAUAAGUGUAGAUGGUUUCGUCUACGUGUGUUUAAAUAAUUGAUUGAAUGACAACAAAAUUCUUAAAAACUGGAUUGCUGAUCUAUGAAAAUGUUUAAAUUCUGCGGUCAUAGCAUUUCUGAGGUUGUUUAUGAAUUUGUUGAUUUGUUUUCCAAUUACAAAUCUAGUAACACGAUCCAAAGGAAUAAAUUACGAUCUUUUGAA